AUGGAGCUGUCCUGUCUUGGCUCUAAGGCUUCUCCAGAAACAGCUAGUGCUCUCAGGCACAUGAUCUACGAUCAGCUCAACGAACAUAGAGCUAAGCAUAGAGAAAAAUUCGUUGGAAGUCACCCAAUAACGCUGACACUUGAAAACAUCAAUCUUCUGCUUACUGAGGAUUUCCUUGUAUGUGAGAAGUCUGAUGGUGUCAGAGCAUUGUUGCUGAUCAUCAAUUACAUGGAUAAGAACAGAGCAUAUCUAUAUGACAGGAAAAAUGAUUUCUAUGAGCUUGAUAUUCGCAUUCCAUUCAAUUCAACCGUUCUUAUUGAUGGUGAGGUCUUUCUUGAAUCAAACACAAUCAACACAUAUGCAAUAUUCGAUUGCUUGAUAUACGAAGGCGUCUCACAAAUCUCUAAGAACUUAUACAAAAGACUGGGAUACGCACAGAUGUUUCUUGAGGCCAUGUAUAAAGAAUACGAAACAUCCAAGAGCGUUCCGAAAGAUGAUGAUAGAAAACGAGUACAUAUUCAGAUCACAAAUGAGUCUCCUCCAAUUUGCUUCUAUGUCAAGCAGAUGCUCAAGGGAUAUGGCUUCUGGGAAAUAUACAAGAAGAUUCCUGAACUCAAGCAUGGAAACGACGGACUUAUUUUCACACCGGUUAAUGAGGCUUAUUGUGUAGGAAAGCGAGGUGAAAUACUUAAGUGGAAGCCUGCUUCGUUAAAUACAAUGGAUUUCAAGAUGGUAAGGCACAGCAAAGACAGUAACAUCUAUGAUCUGAUUUGUAUAGGAAAACGUGGCAAGGAAAUGGUGUUUGAUCAGUUCUUAAGCACUAACAUUCAUGAGUCUAACUUGGAUGGAGUGAUUGGUGAGUUUUUAUAUGAUGCUGACGGAUACUAUUGGGAUUUCGAUGAACUUGUUCUAAGGAAAGGCGGGUGGAAACUGUACAAAACAAGACUUGAUAAAGACUCCCCAAACAACAUAAAAGUGGUCUGUAAUAUCUUAGAAAGUCUUAAAGACGAUCUUAGCAUUGAAAAACUAUCUUCAUUCUAUACUCCUAUGCGUGAAAAUAGCAAGGCAAGAGAGAUACAAGGACAUCGUACUGUUGCCUGA